AAAAAAUUUGAUUCCAUAUCACUAUUAAACCUCACCACCACCAACUCAACUCACCUCAGUCGCCGUGCUUCUUCCUCACCUCGCGCCGCCUGUUCUGGUCGCCGUCGCCGUCGAGGUCGUGCCUCCAGUCGUCCAAAGUCCCCGGCGCUGCGUCUAUCUCUUCGUCCAUUAAUUUCUUCAACGAUCAUAUUCACACAGCAGUUCUGUAAUGUACACGAGUCUGCAGGCUUACACUCAUGUUUUUUUUUUCAAUCACAAGACGAGCUUUAAUUUGUAAUGAAGAGCUCUGAUGACGAAAAAGAUAUGGCAUAUGGUAAUUAUGUCCCAACAGAAGUAAGUCGUGGUUUAGGAUAUUCUGGCGCAAAAUUUGUAGAUGAAGUACUUAAUGGUGAAAAUGAACGCUGUCUCGAGAAUUUUCGUAUGGAUAAGCAUGUCUUUUAUAAGUUAUGUGAUAUUUUGCAAGCCAAAGGCUUACUGCGCCACACAAAUCGAAUCAAGAUUGAAGAGCAAUUAGCCAUAUUCAUGUUCAUAGUUGGUCAUAAUCUGCGAACUCGAGCUGUACAAGAAUUAUUUCGUUACUCAGGAGAAACCAUCAGUCGCCAUUUCAACAAUGUACUAAAUGCAGUUAUGGCAAUAUCAUUAGAUUUCUUUCAGCCCCCGGGCUCUGAGGUUCCUUCAGCAAUUUCAGAAGAUCCCAGAUUCUAUCCAUAUUUUAAGGAUUGUGUUGGUGCCAUUGAUGGAAUACAUGUUCCUGUAAUGGUCGGUGUUGAUGAACAAGGGCCGUUUCGCAACAAAAAUGGCUUACUUUCCCAAAUUGUUCUGGCCGCUUGCUCAUUUGAUCUUAAGUUUCAUUAUGUCCUUGCUGGUUGGGAAGGUUCAGCAUCAGACUUGCAAGUUUUAAAUUCAGCACUCACUCGGCGAAACAAACUACAGGUUCCUGAAGGUAAAUUCUACCUUUUGGACAACAAGUAUGUGAAUCUGCCUGGCUUCAUGGCUCCAUAUCCUGGUGUUCCAUAUCACUUGAAGGAGUUUCCUGAUGGUUAUCAUCCUCAAAAUGCAAAAGAGCUAUUUAAUCAGAGGCAUUCAUUGUUACGAAACGCAGCUGAUCGAAUUUUCGGAUCCUUAAAAGCACGCUUCCCUAUAUUGAUGUCGGCUCCUCCAUACCCAUUACAAACGCAGGUGAAGUUGGUAGUGGCAGCGUGUGCCAUACACAACUACAUCCGAAAGGAGGAACCGGGCGACUGGCUCUUUAAAAUGUUCGAAGACAAUGAUUUACCACAAGAGGAGUCGCCACCGCCGCCUCAGGUGGAGGUGGAACAACAACCGAUGAAGAAUAUCGAGAACUCUGCUUUGGACAUUCAUUUUGAGGAUGAACAGCUAGAAUUUUCUUUGCAAUUGAGGGACUCUAUUGCAACGGAAAUGUGGAAUGACUAUAUCAACGACAUAUCGUCUCUGUAGAUUCCUUGCUUGAGUUGACAUUUUGUUGGGCAUGAACACGUCUACUUCUCCUCUUUUUUUCUUUCUUUCUUUUUUUUUUUUUCUUUUUCCAACUUCUGGGGGUGUACAUUGGAACAAAAUGUUUAUAGAAAAGAAAUAUAUUGUUAGAGGGCCAUCUUUCUCA